GGCGGGCGGGGAGCGCGGGCGCCGCUGCCAUGUCCGCUGCGGGCCCCGGGCCCGGCUCCGGAGCCGCCUCUCGGAACUUGGGAGUGGUUUUUGUCCCUAUACCAUGACCAGUGGCACUCAGUGGUUGGUUAUAUAUUGAGGAAGCUGCCUCCAGAGCCUCAGUGAAGGUGAUGUUGCAAGGGCUCGGAUCUCCUCCUGAUGCCUUACCCAACAUGGUGUUUAGGAGAGUGCUGUGACACAGCAGGGCACAGCAGCCUCUUCAGGAUCUUGAGAGUCACCAGCUGGAACAUCAUGUGAAGUGUGUGGCAGCUCUAAACCUUGGUUGAUGGCUCCUACUUCUAUACAGAAUGGACUAUUUUUCCAUUUCUUGGAUUUUACAAGUCAGCCCCAUACUAGUGUCUUUUCUGUGACACCUUUUUUUUCCCUGUUACUUUUUGAGAGAGCUUAAGACAUUCUUCCUUAAAUAUUACUGACUUAAGAUGAUCAGGGUAGAAAAAUGAAUAUUCAGGAAAAGGUGAUUAUUAAUUAUUCAGAACAGAAAAUAAUAUAGCAGCUGUUUUCAAAACUACAUGGAGGUGUUUUGAGUAGAAAAAAACAGUGAUACUUGUUUUCUGUACUUCAGAUUUCCUCAUGCUGGCCUUUUGGCAAAGGCAUAGUUGUUCUUAUCUACCUAUUGGGGAAAGCAACACUGUUGGUUCAGGACUUUGAAGUUCAUGCAAGUCUGGUCCUAUUUACAGAACAUAUCUGGUGCUUUGUUCUCCACCUCUAUAAUAGCUCUUGAAAUUUCAGAAGCUGUUGCCUUGAUUAUUCUGUGUACUUUAAAUCCUCAUUUUGUGUCCAUCCAGAACUUUUGGGGUAUAGGAAGGAGAGCUGGCCUUUCUAGAAGAUGUGAUUCAGAGUUAACAGAGGCACUUCUAUUCUUCAUUAGCUUGGCUGGUAUUCUGAGGAGCUACAAAGACUCAUGAGAUUUAAUUCUUCUUAUUCUACUUUAUUUUGUUCCCCUUCUAUCCAGUAAUACCUCACAUGUCAGGUGUCCUGCUCUGUUGAUGUCUCUGGAUUUUGGCAGACUAAGCCUAAGUCAGAGAUGACAGCCCUUAGGGUAAGGUCUUGAUACUGACAGAUUUUAAAGCUAAAAUUUAGCAGAAAGUGCUGUGGGCUGUUCUUUCACAAAGGUUAGCUGGUACACAUGGUGAGCAAGAAGACAAAAAUUCCCUGGGCUGUUCAGCUCGAAGAUGUGUGUCAGCCCCUGGUUCUGUGCAAACUUCAGUCCUGUUCCUCACUCUUCCAGUGCCACAGGAGCUGCCAGGCCCCAGGAGCUGGGGAAGUGAGUCGUGCUCUGCUCCUCACCUGUCCAGUCGUCAAAUAAAACUGGUUGUAGCUUAGCAGAGUGUUGGGUUAGAUGUGCUUUGAUUGCCACUGCAGGAGUUUGUAUCAUGUGACAGCUCUGGUGUCAGCUGAAAUGAAAGUGCACAAUCUUAUCACUGCCACAGGUCAGCUAAUUAGAGAUCUGUUAGUAAAGCAAUGACCAGGUCAUUAAUCUGCCCACAUUCUUCUUGUGCUCUUUCUGUAGUCAUCAGGCAGUCCAGGACAUACAGCACUGGUCUUACUGGGAUUUGUUUGUUAUCCAGUUGGGGAUUGAUUCUCAAGGUCUGAAGAAAAUAUAUUUAUAGCAAUGAGGAUAUCUCCAUGAUCUUCAUUUCAUCCUGGAAGCCACACUUCAGCAGUUCUGGUGAAGUCCUCACAGGGCUUGAAGGCUGCUGAGGAACACACGAUUUGAAUCAUUUAAGCAUUAAAAUAGUAAUACCCAUGGAAGAGCCACAAGACUUACCUGAACAACCAGUGAAAAAAGCCAAGAUGCAGGAAUCCAGAGAACAGAACCUGAGUCAUGUGAGCAACACAGAAGUCAGUGAUCAGAAAACUGAAUCUUCAAACCUUGGUUCAAACCUUCCCAUGUCCAGUGAGAUUAUGACAUGCACUGAUUAUAUCCCAAGGUCAUCAAAUGAUUAUACCUCACAAAUGUAUUCUGCAAAGCCAUAUGCACAUAUCCUUUCUGUACCAGUAUCGGAAACAAUGAGCCCUUACCCUGCUCAGCCUCAGUACCAAGCACUACAGCAGUCCCAGCCCUACACCAUCUACCCCCAGACCACCCAGACCUACGGACUACCUCCUUUCGGUGCACUGUGGCCAGGUAUGAAACCUGAAAGUGGUUUAAUUCAGACUCCAUCUACAAGUCAGCACAGUGUUCUUACCUGCACUACAGGGUUAACCACAAGCCAGCCCAGCCCAGCACAUUAUUCUUAUUCCAUUGAAGCAUCAACUACCAAUGCCAGUCCAGUCUCUACAUCCUCAACUGUUGUCAAUAUUUCCACAUCAGCAGUAGCCAGCAUCUCACAGGAAUAUCCUACGUACACGAUCCUCGGGCAGAGUCAGUACCAGAGCUGUUACCCGAGCUCAGGCUUUGGAGUGGUGCCACCAGCAGACAGCAACACGGAGAGUUUGGCAUUAGCCACCACCACAUACCCAGAGGAGAAACCAAAUGCUCUGGUGCUGGCACGGGCGGUGCAGAGACCUUCCUCCGGAGAUGCAUCCACAAGUCCUUUGCUACCAAGAGCAACAGCUAGUAAAGAGUUAGAUGAGCAAGCAAGAAAAAACAUCCCUGGAAAGAACAGAGGGAAGAGGAAAGCAGAUACCUCCUCCUCACAGGACAGUGAACUGGAGCGGGUGUUUCUCUGGGACCUGGAUGAGACCAUCAUCAUCUUUCAUUCUCUUCUCACAGGGUCUUAUGCUCAAAAAUAUGGCAAGGAUCCAACUCUAGUGAUUGGCUCAGGACUGUCCAUGGAGGAGAUGAUUUUUGAAGUUGCUGAUACUCACUUGUUUUUCAAUGACUUGGAGGAGUGUGACCAGGUACACAUAGAAGAUGUGGCAUCUGAUGACAAUGGCCAAGAUCUAAGCAACUACAACUUCUCCACGGAUGGGUUCAGUGGCUCGGGAAGCAAUGCAAACCACAGCUCCUCGGUGGGUGUGCAAGGAGUGGACUGGAUGAGGAAAUUGGCCUUCCGCUACCGCAGGGUACGCGAGAUCUACAACAAAUACAAAACUAACGUUGGAGGCCUGCUUAGCCCACAGAAGAGGGAAGCUCUGCAGCGACUGAGGACCGACAUAGAAGUUCUGACAGAUUCCUGGCUGGAAACUGCAUUAAAAUCCCUGCUGCUCAUCCAGUCCAGAAAAAACUGUGAGAACAUCCUGAUCACAACCACCCAACUGAUGCCAGCUCUUGCCAAAGUUCUUCUGUAUGGAUUGGGAGAGGUGUUUCCCAUUGAAAAUAUUUAUAGUGCUACAAAAAUAGGUAAAGAGAGCUGCUUUGAGAGGAUCGUGUCACGGUUUGGAAAGAAGGUCACUUACGUGGUGAUUGGAGAUGGGCGUGAUGAGGAGGUCGCAGCCAAGCAGCACAACAUGCCCUUCUGGAGGAUCACGAAUCACGCUGACCUCGUGUCCCUUCACCAAGCCCUUGAGUUAGACUUCCUGUAAGAAGCUGGAGCAAAGAUGUGACUGCAGCUCCCACAGGCCCUCUCCAUCACUGGGGGGCAGAAAUCUCACAUGUCUGGGGAGUCACUUUUCAGCUUGAUGAAGAAAACAUACCUAAUGCAAACUGUACAGUGGAGUAUGAUAGCAGGUCGUUCCUUGGGAGCACGGGCCCUGCCAAGUCCAGAGAUGUCCUGUAAAGAAGCCCUAGACUCAGCAGAGCUAGAGCUUGUCUGCAGAAGGGACUUACAGAGCCAGCUGAAUGCCUCUGGCAGGUGUCUCCAGAGGGAGGGGCCAUAAAACAGCAGAUUUAUUUGUAAGAGCCUUCUCCUUUCUAUUCAGCUUAGUUGUAGAACCCAAGUAAACACAAAACUUUAUUUUUAUAGGAAAAUGCUGAUGGCAGAGCUUAAACCUCCCUUGUUUUGCAAAGCCGAAGAGCUAUGGUUUUUUUCAUAGGAAAUAUUAAUGAAAAUGUCAAAAAUACCUCUGUUGCUGUAAAAUGUGUCCUCUCUCCUUCCCUGGGUGUUCAAAACAAGUUAUUUAUUACAAUCUCCUUAUGUUAUUUCCUCAGUGUGGGAUUACUGGAAGAUAAAAAGGUAAGGGAAUGCUUCUGGGAUAUGUGGUUCCUUGUAGAGGCAAGUAUUGGUGUUCCAAGUUGAUCCCAGUGGCUUCUACUCAAUGUGUGCACAAGCCCUUUUAGCCAGCAGGAGAUCACUGGAUUCCAGCCUUGGUCUGGACUGUACAUCUCACAGAUUUUCCCUGCAAAGAAAAAUGAAACCGCCUGUACAGCAGACUGGUGCAGACUGCUCAGAUGUGAACAGAGUCCUCACCUGGAGUAGGAAUAACCUAAUUCCUAAAUCCUCAAGAAUGUUGCAGAAUAGGCUCUGGCUACAGUAUAACCUUCACCUCUGUGUUCCUGACCCUAUUUGUGAGUUCCUUUUAGUAAAAUCAGAUUAAAUUUUCUUACAUUCUUUGCAUUAGCUUAACUACAUAGUGAAAAACAAACGCUUUGUUAAGAGGGACUUAAGACACUGUGACUUGGCAACAUGGAGCACUUGGGAGGGAUGGUGAUGAUGAUUUUUCUGCUACUGUGUCAGAAUAGAGGCUGGAGUCAGUGACCUGCAGCUGCCCUGGUCAGGAACAGCCAGCUAGGGACUGGGGCUGGCACAGGGGCUGGUUUUGUGCCAACUCAGGCUGUGUUUGGUGGUCUCCCCAGGUACCCUGAUGGCACCAGAUCAGGUGCCCUGAGGACAGGUGUGUGCUGUGCCCCAGAACCUGCUGCUGCUGCUCCUGCAGAGCCAGACCUGUGGCUGCAUCCAGACCCCACCAGAUCAUGGUCAUCAGCCAUCGGGAGACUGGGCUGAAAGUCUGUCAUUGCAGGGAGGACCCAUUUGCUGUGCCCAUACAGGCAGGAAAGGGAUGUGUUUGCUGCAUUCCUUUCAUGGCAUUCAUUACUGAGGGUUAAUUUCCAUCAAGGAGCUGUUGGGCCAGCUUGGCACAGGCUCUGCUGUGCCCUGGGAGCAGCUGUUCCUGAGCCAGCUCCAGUGACCAUGGGGCAGAAGGUGCCUAGAGCCAGGGGUUUGGACACCUCGUGUGCAGGGACUGGACCUGGGAGGUCUGUUUCACAUGGUACCAGCCCCAGUUUCUCUUUGGGUUUUUGUUUUUUUUUUUUAAGAUUAAUUAAAUAAGAAUUCUCUUUCUCCAUGGUGGUCACUGGAGUCAGGAGUGAUCUGCUUUUCCAUUCAGCUCCUUGCCAGGUGUUAGCCUUGUGCUCUGAUCCCAGGUGGAUGCUGGGUCUGUGUCUCCCCAGGAGCUCUGCAGCAGGAACAUGCUGUCCAUGUAGGAGCUGCUGCCUGCCAACAGCUGAACUGCUCAUCCCAUGAGGAGAAUCUGAGGAGUCUGCUGUGGGUGUCACUGGGCAGCUCAGCAGAGGGAAAGGUGUUUGGCUGCCCUGGGGGCUGCUGGCCCAGCAGAGUCUGGGGGGGAAACAGGCUGGGCUGGGAGUGCUCAGCAGUGGAUCUGGAAAGGGGAGCAGGACCCAGGGAUGUUCUCUGUCUACACCAAAGGUGUUCACACCUGCUCCAAGGCAGCUGAGGCAGCUCCAGCUCCCUUACUGCUGAGUCCAUAGAGUCCACUUCCUCUGGGGUCCCUGUGAAGUGCCAGAGAUGCAGUGAGGAGCAACCUCAUUGCUCCCAGGGUUGGAAAUGUCACCAGAGGAUCAGGGCUCAGUUGUAGUCACAGAAGAAUCUGUGCUGAUGUUGAACAUCCCUCAGCCCAUCCAAAGGUCUCCUGUAAGCAGGUUUGGGAGCUGUCCCACCUGUGCAGCAGCCUGUCAGGAGCAUGUCUCGUACUCCAGCUGGCUGAAUUUUGGGAUUAAAACCUGUGCCUUAACCUCCCACCACCGGCACGGCCGAGCAGCCCGAGUGCUUCACUCCCAUCAGGAGCAGCUGACCAGAGCCGUGCUGGAGAGGGGCUGGGUUUGCCCAGGCACUGGCAGCAGGUGCUGGACCUGCUGGCCUGAGCUGCCUGGCAGCUGGCUGUGCUUUGUGUUUGUUUACUUCAAAUGUUUUAAGGAAAUUUUAAGAUGUUGGUAAAAUUUUAGCUGAGUGUGGAACUCGCAGCCACUGACAUUUCAUACUGGUAUUUAUAUGAUGUUUCCUUGAAUGUAUGUAAAGUACUUUUAUAACAGGAGGUUGAUGGUACAUUUCUGUGUUUGUUAAUAAAGGGGUGACCUGGCUAUUUUAUUUUUUCCUCUACUGGCUGAAUUUAAGCCUUUUCCUGUCUCAAGGCAAGAAUAUCAUCUCUAUCCAAGCAUUGAUUUUCUCCUGUGUCUGUCACCAGUUCAGCUACAGUCAGGUCAGGGAUAAUGGGAGAGCAAACCUGAACACCUGAAGGACAGUCAGCCUGCAGGCCCAGAGCACCUGAGCUCACCUGGGUGCUGCUGGCUUCCCCUUCGGCUUCAACACAGCCACAGAGGCUUUAAAAACCACCUGAUUCACUAAUACUUGUUGCCUUCAACAGCCCUUGGGGAGAUGUGUGUGCUGGCACUGGUGGGAAGCAGUAGGACCCUUGGAGGCCACAGCACCUCUUCUGCUGUGCUACAAGGGACGAGGAGUCCCAGGUGCUGCUGGCUGUGGGGCCUCUGCCUGUUCAUGGUCUGUAAUGGGAACUGUCCUGUGAACUGGAAAAAAAUAAUAAAGUCUUUAUUUUCUAUA